UCACUUUUCUCCGGGUGUUGUCCGCCUCCCCCGGCACUCACACUCACACACACACACACACACACACACACUCACUCGCGGCUGCUUCCAUGUCUCCGCGCUCGCUCACUUCAUUGUACUGACCGUGUGCAUCAAUUAAGCAGGAAUUAAGCCGUUUCGGGGCUCCGCGGGUCGCUCGCAGCACUUCCAGGGGCCACUGCUCGCCGCGGACGGAGCCGCAGAGAAGUUUUGAGUGCGGGGGAAAGCGGAGGGAAGCGGAACGCAGCUAUGCCCUCAGUGAUGGAGCGCUCGGGGUCCGGGGUCCUGUCCAGGAGCAGAGCCAAGACUGUAACCAACGGCAACAGCCUACCACACUCUGAGGAAGAGAGCAGCGAUGAAGAGCAUGCUCAUGACAGUAUGAUCAGAGUGGGAGGAGACUACCAGGCUCAGAUCCCAGAGUUCAAACCAGACAGUCCAACCCGCUACAAUGAGAAGGACCAGAGGAGCAUGUUGGUGUGGUGUCCCAACAGUCUGCUCUCCGAUGCCAUGUUGGAUGAGUACAUCCUGAUGGCUAAAGAAAAACAUGGAUACAACAUGGAGCAGGCCCUGGGCAUGUUGCUGUGGCACAAACACGACGUGGAGCGCUCACUGGCCGACCUCGCCAACUUCACCCCCUUCCCGGACGAGUGGACAUUGGAGGAUAAAGUGCUGUUCGAACAGGCCUUCAGCUUCCACGGCAAGAGCUUCCACCGCAUCCAGCAGAUGCUGCCAGACAAGCUGAUCUCCAGCUUGGUAAAGUACUACUACAGCUGGAAGAAGACCAGGACCAGGACCUCAGUGAUGGACCGACAGGCCAGGAGGCUGGUCAGCAAGAGAGAGAAAGAAGACAGUAAUGAUGAGUUGGAGGAAGGAGACCCCGGCAGUGACAGUGACUUUGAGAUUAACAACAAGAAAGAGGCAGUGAAACAGACCCCCAGCGCUAGCUCUGAGAAGCCCACCCCCAGUCGCUCUGGGCCGAUAAAGAAGGAGAAUAUCGGGGCCCAGUAUCGCCACCACCCACUCCGAGCCCGCCGCAGGCCACCGAAAGGCAUGUACCUGGAGCAGGGAGACAUCAUGUCCCUUUCAGCCUCUCAAGAUGCCGGGGUGCUGUCUGUACGACAGCUGGACACGACGCUGGUGUCACUGAAGAGACAAGUUCAGUCCAUUAAACAGAACAACAGUAGCUUGAAGCAGAGUCUUAAUGCAGGUGUUGAUGUGUUCCGAGCGGCUGAGCCUACCCCGAAGAUGAACUCUCGUUGGACCACAGAGGAGCAGCUCCUGGCUGUGCAGGCUAUCCGUCGUUAUGGUAAAGACUUUGCAGCCAUUGCAGAGGUGAUAGGAACCAAGACGCCAGCUCAGGUGAGUUCGUUCUUCGUGAGCUACCGGCGCAGGUUCAACCUGGACGAGGUGCUGAGGGAGUGGGCAGCCGAGCAGGUGGCCACUAGCCGCGACCAGAGGGACCCCAGGAGGAGCGGUGAGGAGAUCACGGCAGCUACAGACGGAGGUGCAGAGGAGGACGAGGUCAAAAUGGAGGACUUUCCCUCAGAUGCUGCCGACAGCGCCUCUCCCCCUUCCUCCACCCAGACUCCGUCAUCUUUCUCCCAGCCUCCACCGCUGCUGCGUCCCGCGCCUCCAUCGGCUCCCCCAAGCCUCCUCCGUCAGCCGCCUCCUCUUCAGACUCGCCCACUGCAGAACCGAGCGCCUCACAACCACCCGCCACCUCCACUCAUCCGUCCCGCGGUGACCUCCUCCUCCUCAGGGAGCUCCAGCCUCAGGGCUUCUCCACCCAGCUCCUCCUCCUCCAGCACUGCAGCGGGGCAGCUGCCUCCGUCACUGGUCGGGCUCAAAGUGGAGCAGUCCAACUCGCACUGAUGACACACACACGCAGACACACACACACACACACAGUAGGAGUAGAAGCACACAGACACACACACACAAGCAUGCAGACAAACCCAUUUCUCUCUCUUUUCUCAAAGAAAAUUCCUUCUACUUGUAACUGCAACGUUCCCAGCCGUUGUCUCUGGGAACAUGACACGUCACAUGUUCAAUCAAACAUUCUCGGGUCCCUAAGGUGACGUCUCAGUUCUUAAAAAAACGUGGCAGGAAGAGAGUGAGGGGCCCAGCAACAAAGUCCACUGCAUUGGUGAUCUGAGGCCCCUUCACUGUACUGACACACACCUACCUCCAGACCAUUGUUCUCUAGUGUAACACACACACACACGCAUGCACACACACCUCCUUGAACAAAAACAAGACAAAGACACUGGAUCAUCAAGCUGUUGAAGCCAUGACCACAGCGAGCAAACCCACCUGCCCAUCUCCAUGGCAACUGUUGAACAUCUGGAUUGCGGAGGAGUGUGGUUGAACAUGCACACACAUGCGUAUAUAUAAAUAUAUACACUGUAGGUUCCACUAGGCAGGUAUCAAGUCAUCCAAACAGCCUUCAGGAAAAACAAAUGAUAAAUAAAAGAGGGAAAGAAAAAAAGAGGAUGAAGAGUUUCUCACAUCUGAGCCAAACCUUCUCCUGAGAGGUCGUGUAAAUUAGAAACUCAUUUUGAUGGUGUGGAUAGUUAUGCCUUUUUUUCCUUUCGUGCUUUAAAACUCGGACCCUCACAGGAGCGAGGAGGUACGUCGUCAAAGAACCCGAGCGUCGUCCUGAGAGCUGCGAGUUUAGUCGCUUUUCGUCGUGGAAAUUCUGAAUCGGGCAAAAAAGACAAACCGAGAUCUCUCCUCUCAUAGCCAUGUAUUACUAGUAUUAACUGGAGUGAUGUUUUCCUGUUUCUUUGACUAGACUUGAGCUCUAGAUAGGCAGUCAGUGACUGUAAGUAGUUUAGCUAGUGCAUACUUUAUUAUUAUGAUGAUAAUUAUUGACUGAGCACGAAGGAGAAGAAGAGUCUGGACUGUGUCGGUCAUUUCAACCAGACGUGUUGCCACAGAUCUUCUUCACCAGUCCAGUGUUGGAGGUUAACACUGGUCGCUGUGACGAGCAGCAGAAUCAAACAUGAGCUUCUGUGUAACACGCCUGCUCUCACUGACUCUUCAUUCCUGGGAUGUUAUUCAAGAAGAAGGAAAUGUUCUGCCAAAGUCCUGUUAUUGCUUUAAAAGCACAUCGUCCCUCAGUGUUUGCUCAAGUCUCCAGACACUUCAAGAUGUCGUCUCGCUUCCUACACCUUAGACAUGAGCGGGUGACGAUAUUGUAAAUCAGUUUCCUGCGGAGAGUUGCCUCUAUGUCUUCAGGAUUGACGCUAACGCCAGCAGACGGCUAACUUAAAGGAAGUUGGUUGACAGCGAGACUGGUUCUAACUAGAGGUUAACAUCUGUCUAACUGUAAAUAAGGGCAUGGUCACACACAUGCAAAUAUAUCAGCGGUAAACCUUCUCCCAUUUACUUGUUAUCUGUGGGAGCGAGGGGGUGAAUAUAACAACUCUGACCCCUGGUGUUUGUUUUACAUUUACAUGUGACUGGGCCCUGAAGCUCUGAUUAACACAUUUGUUUGUUUUGUAACAAUAACCCUGACAAAUUGACCUAUACACUUCAACAGAUUCAUUAAAUUAAGUACGACAUGUUUCAUAUUGUGUUUUGUAGGAAUCGAUAGCAAGUGUUUGCUUCCCUCCAGUCUUACUGCUGCCUGCUGGUUGGAGCCUCAGCUGAUGUACAGACAUGAGUGUUAAGUUUUCUCUCUGCGAGUUGGCCAUUAACGUCCAUGUAUUCCUGUAGGUUCAGGUUUAAUCCAAAAUAUCACUGGCUGCUUGCGAUGACUCAGUUGAGUGUUUUGUUGUCAAGGUAAAUUCCAAAAGUUUUUUUUUCUUUUCAAAGAUGCGCAGACGGCUCGGUCAAGUCGUCUGAGUGCAGUUGUUUAAGUCAACUUUCUCUCUGGUGCUUUUAUUAAAGUCCUGACCUGUCUGGGCUCAGAGGGAGGAGGCCCCGGGGGGGGUCAAAGGGCACGUGGAAGGAGUUUAUUGCGGUAACGUGAAAAUCGUUUUGGACGACAAACUGUCCCGGAAACGCUGCGUUUGUCCCACAGUGCAGGAUCUCUGGCAUCUCUAGAAAACAAGUGAACGGCAUUUCUCCUUCAGUUCUUUCUCCUGCUGAAUCUCCCCUCAUAUUCCAGUUGCCUGUUGUAUCACCGCCUUCUCAAGCAGAUCUGUGUUCAGUGCUGGUGCUGCUGCUGCUUCCACAGUCUCACAUCGCUGCAGCCUCUUUGUCAGCAGAGGCCUCCAGGGGGCAGCGAAGCAGCUCAUCACCACACUUUGGCUUUAAAGCGUCUUUUCACUUUGCUCUGAGUCGUUCUUCUUCCCGUUGUUCCUUUGUUUGCAAAACUGCUUGUGUGUACUGUACGUGAGAAGCUGUUUACAUUGUGGAAACUGAACUACUUGUGUUUGACAGAUUUUUUUUUUUUAUAGAAUAAAGAAAUGACCAAACAAUA